AUGAAGAACAACAGUCCUUGGCCAUUGUGGCUGUCGGAGGUUAAGAGCGGAAGAUUAAGCCCUUGCAGCGUGUGGAACAAUGAGGGUGGCAAUGAUGCGAUAGUAAAUGGCAUCACGCCCUGCUCUGUGGUUAUGGUGGCUCCUGGCCAAACAAAGGGAGGCUGUUUCAAUGACCGAACUGAUGUGGACGGGUGA